AUGGUCAGGGGGCUUGGUUCGGAUGAGCUGAAUCCCACUGUGCGGUCGCAGAGGCCUGGCAAGCGCGUCUGCACCACGCGUCUCUGUUUAUCGUGGGGAGUGACUACAGAUGCUCCACCAGGGCUAUCUGACCGUCACUGGCCCAUGAUUGUCCUUCACUCUCUUAUUUGUUUCGAUGCCGUUACUCUCCGGUCGGCACGCGAUGGCUAA